AUGGAUGAGCUUAAUAUUCUGCAAUCUGAUUGCCUCAACAGUCUCAACUUGGAUCCUCUUGAUUCAACGCUUAAUGCCAACCUUAAGGCUAUUAACCAAAAAAUAGCUGAUUUUACUCACAUGUUGGCUUCCUGGACUAUACAACGUGCUAAAGCUAAGUGGCUAACUCAAGGUGAAGAGGACUUGAAAUUCCUUUAUGCUAAAAUUCGUGCCAGGCAAAGUUCAAAUAAAGCUGUCCUUAAUUUGGCUUCUACCUUUAGCUCCUCUUCCAGGCAAGACACUGUUAAUUCUAUUAUUGAUCACUUUAAAACUUUGUUCAACCCUCCUUCACUUGCUGUAUGUGAUGUUAUCCAUUUUCCUAUGGGAAAUUGUAUCACUUCUUUUAUGUCUCAUAAUAUUUCCCUUAAUGCCACCACGGAUGAAAUUAAGGCAGCUGUAUUCUCGGGAGCCUCUUCCUCUACUCCUGGACCUGAUGGUUACAACUUCUUCUUUUAUAAAUCUGGUUGGCACAUUCUCGGGCCGUUAGUUUGCAAGGCUGUUAGGGGAUUUCUUUCUUCUGGUUAUAUGCCUAGUGGGGUGAAAGCAACGGCUAUUGCUCUUGUGCCUAAAUCUAAGCAUACUGCCUCCUUUUCGGAUUUUAGGCCUAUAGCCUUGUGUAAUGUCUUCUAUAAGAUAAUUGCUAAAGUCUUGGCUAACAGACUAAAACCUAUCAUGCCUUUGAUUAUCAAAGACAACCAAGCUGGUUUUAUAAAAG